ACGUUUGCAAUAAAAAAUAUAUUCACACACGCACGCAGCGCGGAUUAUUUCGGAGUUUCGCGAAAAAGACAGACCAGGAGUGGCAAGCAACCACCGGGCACGAAUUCUUUGAUGACCACUCACACGCCGCAGCUUUCUGGGAUUGCAACAGGCCGUGGGAGUCGCGUAAGGCGGGGGACACAUGAGGGACGCAUGAAAUUCCAAUAGGAGAGCGCGGAGCGAGUGCGUGAAAAAAGCAGAAGCCCGAGAGCACGCUUCUGCGUCCGCGUCGUGGGACAUGGCGACACGUCAGGAUGAGCGCGGCGAUGAGAUCGGUGGCGGGAGCAAUGGCAGUGGAGGUGCGGAUCGCACCCCCUAUCGCGUCCUAGCCCACAGCGAAGAGAUGGCCCACUUCUUGGCCCACCAACAGCAGCAACAGCAACACCAAAACCAGAACUUCCUGCUCCACCAGCAGCAGCAGCAGCAUGGGCAGGCGCCCGCGCCCAUGAUGUGGUCAGCACCGCCGCCCCACUUGGCUGCCCCCCAGUUUCCGCCCCACCUUCAGCCGCAACAGGCGCAGCCACACAUGUACAACGAGUACUUGUAUAAUCUGGCGUACCCGGGACAGGCUGCCCAGCCCGAGACCUACUCAGUGCUGCCCGUGGGCCAUGGGAACUUCCUGAAGGUCUAUCACUGCCCGGAGAAUCAAGUCAGCGAGGCCAGCGCUCCGCUGUUCACGCAUAUCAACAUGGCUUCGCUGAACCACCACCAUCAGCCACAGCAACAGCAGCCGACACAGUCGCAUCAUCACCAGGUCCAACCACCGACGCCAACGCAGCCGACACCGCUGUACGAGUUGUUUGCCGCCAAUCCUCUGCUGCCGAAACCGGAGGUGAAUGUUGUCAGUGUUAGUCAGCCUGUGCCACAGCCCCAGCCGCAGACACAGCCGCCGGCCCAAACCCAGCAAACCCAAACACAGGCUGCUACACAAGUCCUUCAAUCGCCGAGCAGUGCCAAUCUGCUCAUUAACAAUCUGGUAAACAACUGGUCGCCCAAUUUGACAGGCGGAAGCUAUAUACAGUUUGGGGACGAGGCCCAGGAGAACACCGUCAGCCAGGCUGAGACCCCGGCAGCCCAGCAACCUCUGUCGACACAGCAGUCAGGAUUGCAGGUUCUGCAACAGCAGCCACCGGAGACACUAACUCAGACCGUCAGUCCGUUGCCAGUACCAACAAAACCGUCGAAGCCACUAAAACUGCCCUUGGCCACUGCCAGCGUCUCGCCAACUGCCAUCAACAAGUCAUCCGUCGCAGUGCCCGGCCAACCCGAGGGCAAGAAGCGCAUUGUGGCAGAGGUUAAGCCUAUGCCCAUGUCUUACUCCGAUGUACUCAGCAAAGGGACGAAGGCAAGUAGCGGUGCUGGCGGAGAGAUGCGCCCUGGCAACGGAGUAGACUACAUCAGCCAACCACAGAGGCGUCAGGGCAAGGAAGAUGGCAAUGCGAACCGUGAGAUGCGUUCGGCGAAACGCUCUCCGAUGCACGAUGCCAAGGAAACGGCCUCGGUGGCUGCCAGCAUUGGUCAUGCGCACGGCGGUCGGGGGAAGAAGCGAGGUCAGUCCAACCAGGUGGCGGCGCCAAAGCAACAGCAGCCUCAGCCCCAGCCACUACAGCAGCAGACAACACUGCAGGCGCAGAUUAAAGCCAGUAAGCCGAGCAAUCCGGAGAAGAAGCGAGUUUUGCAGCCGAAAACUAGCAACAGUACCAUCACCAACAACCUAAAGGCUUCUGAGCAAAAGGCCCCAUCCGCAUCGGGAACGUCCAACAGUGGCGUGCAGAAUCACAGCAACGGAAGUGGGAGUACAACUGCGGCUAACAAUUCCAGCACCUCAUCACGUAAGCCAAGCGGCAAUAAGAGCAACUUCAAUGCAAAUCACUCGAAUUCGACCGGCGUCAAUUCCAACAGUAACUCCAGCAACAACAACAACGUUAGUUCCUCUUCGUCCAAGCGGUAUUCCUCCUCGAAUGUGAACCUUAACUCGAAUAACAGUUCCGGCUACUCCUACUCCUCGAAACGCAACCGCAGCAAUGCAUACUCUUCGUCCAACUCACCCACGCAUUCUAGCAGCUUUGCCAGUAAUCGAAACUACGAGCUGGCCAAGCGCAUUCUGCACACCUGGUGGAUCUAUACCCUGAAACUCUUGACAUGGCUGUUUUAUUUGGUCUACGAUAUCGUUGUUCUCGGCUUCAGCAUGGCGUGCGAGCGUCUAACACUGGCCUAUGUGGCCGGGCUGGCCUAUGCGCGACAGCUGCACCGGGAACUGAAGCAGAACUCAGGCAAGCCUAGCAUCUGGUGGCGGAGCUACUGGCGACGCUUCGAUGCCCGAUUUGCCAAGAACUCGCGCUGGGCUGUUUGGCGGCGCUUCUACAAUCGAAAACCUCCCGAACCCACAUCAGAGUCUUUCAAAACUGGUCGCCUGCCACAGACUGGCGAAGAGGCAAUGUAUUCGCUGCUAAAUUGUAAGGGCAAGGAUGCUUACAGCAUUCUUGGAGUCCCACCGGAUAGCUCGCAGGAGCAGAUACGUAAGCAUUACAAGAAGAUAGCUGUGCUCGUACAUCCCGACAAAAACAAACAGGCUGGGGCCGAGGAAGCUUUCAAGGUUCUGCAGCGGGCCUUUGAGUUGAUCGGAGAGCCGGAAAAUCGCCUCAUCUAUGACCAAAGCAUCGCCGAGACUUUGCACGCUGAGAAGGCCUGGACGGAGCUGCAUGACCUGCUCUCCCAACUGCAAACCAAAAUGGCUGAGGCAGCCAAUACUAUAAGAUGUAGCACUUGUGCGCAGCGACAUCCUCGCAAGCUAACCGAACGUCCUCAUUAUGCGGCGCGGGAAUGCGCCUCUUGCAAGAUACGCCAUUCGGCCAAGGAUGGCGAUAUUUGGGCUGAGACCAGCAUGAUGGGAUUGCGGUGGAAGUAUUUGGCUCUAAUGGACGGAAAGGUUUAUGACAUCACCGAGUGGGCUAACUGCCAAAAGGGAGCUCUGUCGCAUUUGGAACCAAACUCUCAUAUGGUUCAAUAUCGCAUAGUGCGUGGUGCCCAGCAACAGCAGCAGCAGCAACAACAACAACAGCAGCAGCAACAUCACCAGCAGCCACAGCAACCACAUCACGACCGGGGAGGUGUCCACUAUCCUGGCGGAGGAGUCAGUGGGGUUAGCGAGGCUACGUUGCACGAGUUCUUGGACAAUUUGUAUAGCCGGCAGCAUCCAGGUGCUCCUCCGAACGCCUUUGCGGGAAACGCGCGUCGGCGAACACGACGCAACUGAGCUCCCACUUGGCCUAGUACUAAGUGUUUUUAAAAUCUCUAAUAUACAGUUAUAAUCCAGCCCAUGCGCCGCCGCCGGCUGCUUGGUUUUUACUCACUCCCACGCAAUCACGCUAGCAGCAGUGGUGCAUCCUGGGCACUCACUCACUCAUCUACUCUUCACCAAACCCGCUGACUUACAACGGCAACCCCGAUUCUAUCGUUGUCAAGUUUCGAAGCCAUAUUAAACACUUCUCUGUAUAGUUUACAUAUUGCUUUAAAGAUUUUUGUGAAUUUGUUGUACUUGUCACAUUGAAUCGUACAAUCGCAUACCACUAAGAUUUA